GGGAGAAGAAAAGAGUAGAAGGUGAGCAGCUGCCUUUGCCCCUCCGCCUCCGCCGUUAUAAAAUGGGAGGAGGGAGGGGGGCAGCGAAGCCAUCCAUCCAUCCAUAGAUCCCUCACCUCACUCACUCGUGAAGAACCAGAGAACCCACCCACCCUCCUUCAUCUCCUACAUCCACAUCUAUCCAAGAAGGUCCGUUCUCUCCUCCCCGCUCCCCUCAGCAAUAAUCUCCGCACGGCAACCUCGCUCCUCCGUUUUGGUUUUCCUCUGUGCCAUGGGCGACGCCGUGGAGCACCUCAAGAGCGGGUUCCAGAAGUUCAAGACCGAGGUGUAUGACAAGAAGCCGGAGCUGUUCGAGCCUCUCAAGGCCGGUCAGGCCCCCAAGUACAUGGUGUUCGCCUGCUCCGACUCCCGCGUGUGCCCGUCGGUGACCCUGGGCCUGCAGCCCGGCGAGGCCUUCACCGUGCGCAACAUCGCCGCCAUGGUCCCGGCCUACGACAAGACCAAGUACACCGGCAUCGGGUCCGCCAUCGAGUACGCCGUGUGCGCCCUCAAGGUGGAGGUCCUCGUGGUCAUCGGCCACAGCUGCUGCGGUGGCAUCCGGGCGCUGCUCUCCCUCCAGGACGGUGCACCCGACAACUUCCACUUCGUCGAGAACUGGGUCAAGAUCGGCUUCCCUGCCAAGGUCAAGGUGAAGAAAGAGCACGCCUCCGUGCCCUUCGAUGACCAGUGCUCCAUCCUGGAGAAGGAGGCCGUGAACGUGUCCCUGGAGAACCUCAAGACCUACCCCUUCGUCCAGGAAGGGCUGGCCAAGGGGACCCUCAAGCUGGUCGGCGCCCACUACGACUUCGUGUCCGGGAACUUCCUCGUAUGGGAAACUUAGCCACACCCGCCGCUCAGCGCGCGGCUUCGUCGUCACAACUCCUAUAUCUUCAUAAAUAUAUAUAUCCACUACCUAUAUAUACCUACCGAUAUGUGAAUGCGAGGAGUACUAUUACCUGCAUGUUUUCAGCAGUAUGCAGCUACGUACAUAUAUAUGUACCGGAUCGCCUAACGACGUGAAUGUAAUAAGCAAUAAUAUUUUCUACCGCUUUUUUUUAUUUCUUUCUAACCUCGAGCUUCUAUAUGUAGCAACAACAUUUUCUACGUACAUAUAUAUGUGCCACCCGUAUUCCGACUGA